GAGCAGAGGAAGCAGGUGACCGGGCAAAGGGCAGACUGACAACAACCACUCCACCGUCACCCACUGUGGGUUAUGAGGGAACCGAAAGUCCCGCUGCGUGGUGUUUGAUGUCAGCUUGCAUUCCCCUCCGGUGUCGACAGAGGAUCCUCCUCCAGCCUCUGUGAACUCCUCUCCCCGCCACACAAACGACAUUUUGGGGGUUCGGUCUCCAGCUCUCCAGCUCUCCUUCCUCACACCCCACACAUUUCCCGGUGUGUGUCGGAGGAUAAUACCGUUUUUAUCAGAGUGUUUGGGAACGAAACCGACCUCGGACUGAACCGUGCUCCUUCAGUGGGCGGAUAAAGCGGAGGAGGGCAUCCGGGCCUGGCUGCUCCGGAGAGUCGACUUCAAACGACGGAAUUCACCAUUUUCAGGCUGCACUUGCCCUGCUAUGGAAAAGAUGAAGAGAAUAAAGAAGCGCCUCUCGUUAACUCUGCGCUCCAGUCAGACCAUCGACGAGUCUCUGUCUGAGCUGGCCGAGCAGAUGACCAUCGAGGACGGCGGCGGCACCAAGGACAAUGAGCCCUUCAUGAGGAACGGCCGCCCCCCCACCUCCCACAGCAUGCACUCCUUCCUGCACCAGUACACCGGGUCCUUCAAGAAGCCUCCACUCCGCCGGCCGCACAGCGUCAUCGGCGGCUCCCUGGGGUCCUUCUUGGCAAUGCCACGCAACGGAAGCCGCCUGGAUAUCGUGCAUGAGAACCUGAAGAUGGGCUCCGACGGGGAGAGCGACCAGGCGUCAGGGACGUCUUCAGACGAGGUGCAGUCUCCCACCGGCGUCUGUCUGAGGAACCGCAUCCACCGGAGGAUCUCCAUGGAGGACCUCAACAAGCGACUGUCGCUGCCGGCUGACAUCCGAAUCCCCGACGGGUAUCUGGAGAAGAUGCAGCUCAGCAGCCCGCCCUUCGACCAGCCGCUCAGUCGACGCUCCCGCAGAGCCUCGCUGUCAGAGAUUGGUUUCGGCAAGUUGGAAACGUACAUAAAGCUGGACAAACUGGGAGAGGGAACAUACGCGACAGUAUUUAAAGGACGCAGUAAGCUGACGGACAACCUGGUGGCGCUGAAGGAGAUCCGGCUGGAGCACGAGGAGGGAGCGCCAUGCACCGCCAUCAGAGAAGUGUCGUUACUGAAGGACCUCAAACACGCCAACAUCGUGACACUUCAUGACAUCAUCCACACUGAGAAGAGCCUCACACUCGUCUUCGAAUAUCUGGAUAAGGACCUGAAGCAGUACAUGGACGACUGUGGAAACAUAAUGAGCAUGCACAAUGUGAAGAUCUUCCUGUUCCAGAUUUUGCGAGGGCUGUCUUAUUGUCACAAGAGGAAAGUUCUCCACAGGGACCUGAAGCCCCAGAACCUGCUCAUCAACGAGAAAGGAGAACUCAAACUGGCUGAUUUCGGUCUGGCGAGGGCCAAGUCUGUGCCGACUAAAACCUACUCCAACGAGGUGGUGACUCUCUGGUACCGGCCUCCUGAUGUUCUCCUGGGAUCCUCCGAGUAUUCAACACAGAUCGACAUGUGGGGUGUUGGUUGUAUAUUCUAUGAGAUGGCAGCAGGUCGGCCCCUGUUCCCCGGCUCCACAGUAGAGGACGAGCUCCACCUCAUCUUCAGGUUACUCGGUACACCCACAGAGGACAACUGGCCGGGAAUCACCUCCAUCGAUGAGUUUAAAUCCCACAGCUUCCCCAAAUACAAACCACAGCCGCUGAUCAACAACGCUCCCAGGCUGGACAGCGAAGGCAUCGAGCUGCUGCUGUCUUUUCUCAGAUUUGAAUCUAAGAAGAGGAUUUCAGCUGAGGAGGCCAUGAAACAUUCCAACUUCCGGCAGCUCGGGAUGAGAAUUCAAACACUGCCUGAGAAUGUAUCAAUAUUCACUUUAAAAGAAAUGGAGCUGCAGAGGGACCCUGGCUACAGGAGCUCCUCAUACCCAGAGUCAGGUAACAGCAAGAUCAACAGGAGGCAGAGCAUGCUCUUCUAAUGUCAGAUGAAGAGGAUGUCAAACUUCAUGAUCCCUUCCCAACGACCUCACGCAUGAGCCCACCUCCCCUCGGGUGACCCCUCCUCCCUCUUACCUGCACACACACACACAGAAAUACACACACACACAGAAAUACACACACACACACACACACACACACACACACACACACACACACACACACACACACACACACACACACACACACACACCCCUCAGAGCAAGUGACUCUGGGCUGUAUCUGUUUGGAGACUGUGUUUAUUUAUUAGGAGGGAGUGAGGUUGAGUCUUUUGCUGCUAAACUACUACUGUCUGUAUUUAACACACCGUGUGUGUGCAUGUGUGUGUGUACAUGAUGUAAACUCGAGACGCCAUGCACAGUUGAGCAGUCAGAAAGGUUACUUUUGUUCUCUUCUGACUAAUAUUCUCCGGCUUCGUUUGAGUUAAAAUCCCACUGAUGUUGACGUUGACGCUGUGAUCCAAGUUGUUGUUCCUGUUCAGUCUCUUCAGAUAUUUUUAUUUAUAAAUAUGUAUAUAUAUUGGACUUUUUUUUUUUUCUUCGAGCUUCCGUGACUGAAAUCUACAACAUUUCAAAGUUUAAAAGACUUGGUGAGGGAUAAAAUGCAUCUUCUGGAUUAUUUCUUGCCGUUUUCUCAAAAACAUUUCAGUUGACUAUUCUUUUGAAAGCCCCGCAGCCCCCUGGGUUUACACUGAGAGUUAAAAAGCAGACUGUGAGCGGAUCGCAGUAACACUUUUAAUCUGAGGGUUAAACAAGCACACACACAGACAAACUCGAAGAACAAGAAACCAACUUUUUUUGACCAUUCUGGCUCAGCAACGGAAGCUAAACUAAGGAGUAGAGGUCAGUAUCAGGUGGGAAGACAAGCCAAAAGGAUGGAUGCAAGAGGACGAAUACUGGCACUGAAAAGGAAGCCAUGUGACGUCCCACAGAUGAAAAACCCUCACAGAACUGCCAACUUCAGUGCUUUUAAAAAAAUGCAAGCAACACUUUGUCCCUUGGCGUACAUUUGUAGAACUCACUGCAGUAACUCUUUGUGUUUAACUUGGACUUCAGUGUGGUUAUUUUUUUUUACUUCAGGGACUUGUGCCUUGACACGGCCGAGUUUACCCAACAGUAUUAAGUUGUAUUUUGUGUGUGUGAACUUUGAUCUCUUCUUGUGAAACUACAGAGUCGUUGUGGCAUGUUUUUUUCGCAGGGGGUUUGGGGUUUCGGUCUUCAAACUAAAUGGUUGUUUUCCACUUGGCGUCGGAACAUUGCUCUCUCCAGCAUUUGUAGCCUACUAAAGAAAACAAAUAUUUAAGAUUGAAAUGUUUAGAUUUAACUGGGUUGAAAGCUGACAGUGAAGCAGGUUGAGAAGUCUCUCUAUUAAUUGUAUUUUUCACUGAAGUGUCUGUUUGUGCUCUGCAUUCCUGGUUUUUAUUUAAUUGCAGGGAUUAAGUCUUAUUCCUGUGGACUAAUUGGAGUUAUUGUCACUUCAUAGUAGUUAGUAGUUUUUCAGGAGCUAUUUGAUACGUGCAUUAUUUGAUAUUUUGUGGUAAUACACUUAUUUGCUUUCUUUUAAGAAUAAGGUCUGAAGAUAAAAGAGUUGGUACAACAAAUAUAAAGCUAGCAACGUUAGCCUGUUAGCUUAGUUUAGCACAAAGACUCAAACCAGGGCUAGUCAAUUUUUUAAUUUUUUUAAACAAACCAAUUAAACAAGGUAUUAGUGUAGUUUAAGAGGUUAUGUCAGAAUGUGUUACUUCAAGAAAGGUAAGCUCGUUCCCAUAAGUUUUUAUGCUAAGCUAGCUUAGCUCGCCCCGGCUACAUAUUUAUUGUUGCUACAGACAUGAGUGUUUUUGUUUUUAUAUUUUCAUAUAAUUUUCGUUAAGAAAGCAAACUCGUCUAAUUCCUAAAAAUGUCAAACUAUUCCUCAGAAUAUGUGUGGUUGGCAUCAAAUCGCCUGCAGUAAAUAACAUCAGGAAUGCAUGAACAACACAGGUAAAACGUGAAAGUUAGAGGAGAUUUAAGUGAGAUUUGUGUUACUGUUGUAUCUUGGGCUCAACAUCAACAUGAAAAUUAUGCAUAGGCCUACUGUCGGUUGAGGAGUAAAGGAUUUAAUUAGGUAGAACAUGCUAGAAAAGUGCUGGACGUAUUAAUACAAUUGGUUAUUUGUUAUUAACAGAGCGUUAAUGUGUUGGACGUUAUCACAGUUUGCAGCUAAAAAUGUAAUAAUCCUGUAAACAUGCUAUUUUUUUCAUUUCAAGGCGGAAAUUAUGAGCUACUAAUUUGAUCAAUUAAAACCCAACACAACCGAACAAUUGAAGAUACCAUUUAAGGUUUGGAUAACACAUAAUGUAAAUUAUUGUGUUAACAGGAAAAGUCUGACAUUAAUGUAUUAAAUGUACCCUUUGCCCCAUGAAUGGAGAAAUCAUAGGUCACUUUUCUUCCCCUCAUUGUGCAUUUCACGUAAAAUGUAUGUACUCUUUAUUCAUGCUUAAUAAGUUAUGACUUACACAACCAUAACUAAGAAAAACUUCAGGAUAAAUUAUGUUUAACUGCAAA